AUGGGGCUCCGGGCUCCCUUUCACUUUUUGCUGCUGCUCUUGCGGAGGCCGGGUGGGCCCUUCCGGGGCCUGGCCUCAGAAGGGCCCCGGGAGGCGCUGCCCGUGAUUCGCAUCCCGCAGCCCCUGAAGCUGCGGCGCGAGGCGAGGGCUCGAGGCGGGCCAGCGCCGCGGGUCUCGGUGCCCCGGCCCGGGCCUCUGCUCAUCGCGGCGCGGCGACCCGAAUUCAGCCAGCCGCUGCGCUUCACCGUGGGCCGCUGGGAGCGCGCGCCGCUGGCUUCGCGCGGCUGGAAGCACCGACGGUCCAGAGGAGAUCACUUCUCCAUCGAGCGCACGCACCGCCUGGUGCCCGCGCUGCCGGUCGGGGCCGGCGCUGUGGAAGAUGAGGCGGUGGCGGAGGAGGAGGAGAGCGGGACCGGGUCCGCCUUCGCUGCCCUAGGCCUGCAGCCCCGCGUGCUGGACGCCCUUUGCCAGGCCAUGCCAUCCGUCGUGCGGCCCACGUGGGUGCAGCGGCGGGCCAUACCUCCACUGCUCAGCGGCCACCACUUACUCUGCGCCGCGGAGACGGGCAGCGGGAAGACUCUGAGUUAUCUGCUGCCCCUGUUGCAGCGGCUGCUGCGCCGGCCCCGCCUGACCACUGGUCCAGCACCCCGGGGCCUGGUGCUAGUGCCUUCCCGAGAGCUGUCGGAGCAGGUGCGGGCUGUGGCAGGGUCCCUAGGACAGGGCCUGGAGCUGUGUGUGCGUGAGAUCGGUGGGGGCCGCGGCAUGGGCAGUGUCAAGUCGCAGCUUUCUAAAGAGCCUCUUGCAGACUUGUUGGUGGCCACACCAGGAGCCCUGUGGAAGGCUCUCAAGAGGCAGCUUGUGAGCCUGGGGCAGCUCUGCUUCCUGGUAUUGGAUGAAGCCGACACCUUGCUGGAUGAGAGCUUCCUGGAGUUGGUGGAAUAUAUCCUGAGCAAGAGCCCCAUAGCGGAAAACCGGGAAGAGUUGGAAGACCCAUUCAACCCCAGGGCCCAGCUGGUGCUGGUGGGGGCCACUUUUCCUGAGGGUGUGGGAGAGCUGCUGAGUAAAGUCACUGACCUGGGCAACCUCACCACCAUCACCAGCCCCAGGCUUCACUGUGUUAUGCCUCAUGUUAGGCAAAGGUUCUUGAGGCUAAAGGGAAGUGAGAAAGUGACUGAGUUGAUACAAGCCCUGAAGCACCGUGGAGAAGACAACCCUGGCUCAUCUGGGGCCAUUCUGGUGUUCUGUAAUAGUUCCAGCACGGUGAACUGGCUAGGCUAUAUCCUGGAUGACCACAAAAUCCCACACUUAAGGCUUCAGGGGCAGAUGCCUGCUACAAUGAGAGCAGGCAUCUUCCAGUCCUUCCAGAAUGGCACCAAGGACAUUCUCCUCUGCACAGAUAUAGCUUCUCGAGGCCUAGACAGUACUCGAGUGGAGCUGGUUAUCAAUUAUGACUUUCCACCAACUUUGCAGGACUAUAUUCACAGAGCUGGCAGAGUGGGCCGGGUUGGAAGUGAGGUACUGGGAUCUGUGCUUAGUUUUGUAACUCACCGUUGGGAUGUGGAUCUGGUCCAAAAGAUCGAGCUGGCAGCUCGAAGGCGGAGAAGCCUUCCAGGGAUAAAGACAUUUGUUAAAGAGCCUUUGCCCCCAAUAGAGUUUACUCCUGACCUAGCCAGUGAUACUGAAAAUGUUGGUAUUAGUAACUGAACAAAGGAAGCUUCUGAUGGUCCAAGGAAGUGAUGAGCCCAUCUCCAGAUUGAGAGAAUUAAAUUGACCUAGGAAAAAUUUUUGGGCUUCUAUAGUACCAAUUUGUCUCUGUUAGGAGGGCUGCUAACCAUCAGUGUUGAAUUUUGUGUAGUUCUUCAUAAUAGUAUAAACUUUUGUGCAAUAAAAUCUGAUCUGACUUUUG